GAGAAAGUUCGUUAGGCGUCCCCCAUCAUGAGGCGACCUGCCCAAAGACGGCAAGGCCUGUGCAAAGUGAUGAAGACCUGCGCGCUGGUCUUGGCGAUGCUUUUCAUUGACAGUGCGCACGAGCAUUUGACCUUUGUCGGCGGCGGAUGCAAUCCAUUCCAGCCCCCCACGAGAUUCGACGCAAGACUUCCGACUAGAUUGAAAGCGCAAGUCCGCAAUGCAAGUCCCCAAAAGCGUCGGAUACUGCCACCGCUGGGCGACUCGGCAGAUGUGCAGAAGCAUGUUUUCAUUUCCCUGACAGACUACGACAAGACAAUUGACAAGUUGUUUGAAGGAGACGAUGUCGUUUUCAUCCGCGGCGGAGUAGCCACCAAGACAACACUGGCGGAGCAUUUGGCACGUGAGUUUCCCGAGAAGUACGUCAAUGUUCCCCCUCCCCCCCAAACUGAUGAAUGCUCCGAACAGGCCUGGAAAUCGAGCGCAGUUGAAGCUAUCGAGGAGCGCACGAAAACGACAGUUGAAAGAAACAGUUUAGAGUUUGGCAAUGCCCUGAAGAUAGCAAAAGCAAACGAUCUGACCUUGAUUUAUGACGAAGCCCACACAGUGUUCGCAUCCGCGACAUUGUGCUUUAACCUCUUCAAGAGCAACAAACAGUAUCGAACAAAGGUGUUGCUAUUCUCAGCUUCAGGGGACGCUUCCACUGCACCCGGCCCUGGUGUGUCCACAACCGCUGAAAUCACCCAGAAGUACAUGUGGAUACCUCCCUUGAGCUACACGCAAGAGCUGGAGACUCAGCUUGAGGAAGCCGGUGUUAGGCUGGACCAGAAGAGCAUCCAGUUCUUUAUGCGAUUUUGCGGUGGACAUCGUGGCAUCUUCAUCGCAGCAAUGCACUGGGUGCAGAGCAGGCAGAGCAAGCAGAGCAAGCAGAGAAGUGGUAAAGGCUGGGAUUUCCGGCAGACAGUGGGGUUUGUGCGGAAUAGCUACAAUGGAGGAGAUUGGGAUUGCGCAAGCAAUGCGAUUUUGGGAUACCUGCAGAAGAGCCGUGCAGUUAGGGUCAAUGGCUUCUACGAAGAUGUGAGCAACGUGCCGAGAGAGUUUGUAGAGCUUUUGUGCAAGGGCUCAACAACAUUGCCACACCAUAUCCGGAGAGAGCUUACCAUCUACGGUUUCGUGCUUCCUAUUUACAGUGGUACAGAGGGAGAGUUCCAACAGUUGGAUUGGAGGAGUGAGGGCACAGAAUACCGAGCGGCAAACCCUUUGCUUGCCUCGUAUUACUUCCACAAUUUGAAGAAGAGGCGCAGUUUGCAAGUUCAAUUUGAGCGCGGCAAACCCCAACACUGUGCAGACCUAUUGAUGCGCGCAUUGCCCUACCUGCUCUUCUCCCAGGUUGUGAGCUUCGAAGGAAACACAUCUGAGUUGGCGAAGGAUGGUCUUCCGGGUGAGGAGCAGUACAACCAGGCAAUUUGCACGGUCUUGAAAGAUAUGGGAUUUCAGCCCGUUUCCACAAAGCGAUCUCGGAAGGGUGAAGGAAAUCCAGACAUUGCACUUGAAAUUGGUGGGGAGCGUUUUGUUUUGGAGGGCGUGAAACUGAAUGGAAACAUCACCGAGCACCUUAGCAAGACCAACUACAAGAACGCCAAACACAAGGCUCUUUACAUCAUCGGCAAUGACAGUGAAAGGAUGCUCGACAAGGUGAAGAAGACUACAGCUGAUGAUGUUCAAGUCAUAGGCUUAGUCCCCAACAUCGCCCACACCGGAUACACCGUCCACGUGAAGAGCAAGGGCAUCAAAAGCACCAACAAGUUCACAGUGGACUGUGACCUGGUGGCGCGACGGUUGGUGCUCAAAGACGAUGGCAAGCCUGAGCUCCACAGUGUGCAGUCGCUGAAGAGCAUCAACCUGCCUCCAAAAGCUGAGACCAGUCAGCCUGCGAAGACAGAGAUGGUCUGGGUGCGAGAGUUGAAGGAGGAGAACGGCGAGUACAAGCUGGUGGGCAACGCCCUGCCAAUCGAGCCUAUGCCGGUGAACAUCGGCUUCCUGAAGAAGGUCAUCAAGGAGGAGGAACAAUUGACACCUGCAGCUUCAAAGCUCCGGAUUUUCCACCUGACUGAAGGCAUGUGGCAGGAGGAGGAGAAGAUGAGAGCUGCGUUGCGCCCUUCCACGGAAGAGACGCCUUACGGCUACCUCGUACCAUAGCAAUAUGGUUUCUUGCACUUUGCACUUCAAGUUUCAAGUUUCACUCAGAACAGCGCGUUUCGAUACACAUUCGCAGGGGUGGUUGGCAGACGAUGCUUUUGCUUGAGCAUGAGCAUGGCAAGAGCAGAACAAUUGAUGUUGUAAGACCAGUCCAACCCCACUCGGAUUGAAGCAGUCAAGUUUCACCCAGCACAGCCAGCACAGAGUUCUGUGAACUCUUUUUCUGCAAGAUGGAUGAAGUGGACUCCGAAUUUUGCACGUCAACAAUACAGAGUUUGCAGACACAGAUACGCUAUGAAGAAGAGGUGGCA